GGAGAGAAUGAUUUCUGUAUCUGUCUGCGUGAAUCGUUUCCAGAAUUGAAAACUAAGAAAUUAAAUCGGAUUCAGUGGAAUAAAAUCAGACGACUGAUGGGCAAACCCAGAAGAUGUUCACCAGCGUUUUUUCUAGAAGAACGAGCGGUGCUGGCUGAGAAGAGAGAUAAAAUGAGGUUAUUACAACAGAGAAAAUUGAACGAGUUUAAUAAUCUUAAAGACCUACCUGAUGAAAUACCAUUACAUUUAGUUAUUGGUACCAAAGUAACAGCUCGAUUACGUCAACCUCAAGAUGGUUUAUUUACUGGUACAAUAGAAGCUUUAGAUACCAAUGAUAAUUCUUAUCGUGUUAUUUUUGAUCGUCCAGGACUGGGUACACAUUCAAUACCUGAUAUUGAAGUUUUGGUAUGUUUGAUUUUAAAUGUACAUAGUCACCAAGCCAAGCUAUUUGUAAGGUCCUAUAGCACAGUUGGUUAG